ACUGUGUCGAAAUUGUUGUUGCACCACAUUGAUUCUUGAAUUGCUAGGAAUCCAAGUGCGAUGAAAAGAUAUAAACAGAAAAGGUUUUCCUGGGGAAAAAAAGGUGACAAGACAUGAACAGUGCCCCAAGAGUACUCGAAAUAAAUGGAUCCAUUCACUGAGAAACGUGAUAAAGUUGCGAAACAUCUCUGUUGCCACUUCUUUUUCCUUUACAUAUCUGCUUACAUAUUGUAGGGCGUUCCGCGAUGAUCCUAUAGUUUCGUUAAUCUUAAAAAGCUUUUAAGACCUUCCAGGUUUCAACUCGAGGGGUGGCAGAAAUGAAAAGCAAUCAUCAAAUGGAUGAAAGACAGGAUGAAGGCGUCGACGGAGACAAUUCAACAGAGUGGCUUAACUUGAGUCUCGGUAGGCACGGAGAUAUUGUUGCACCAAAGAGUGGUUUCCAAUCAAAAUAUGUUCCCAACAAGGUCUUCUCUUGCAACUUCUGCAGGAGGAAGUUCUGCAGUUCACAAGCACUCGGUGGCCACCAGAACGCCCACAAACGGGAGAGGGGAGUAGUUAGACGGUAUCAGUCGGAGAGACUGAUAGCAAGGGUGGGUUUGCCUGUAAAUAGGCCAAUGUCCCGAUCACUUGGUGUUCAUCCCCAUUCACUUGUGCGCCAACUGAACACAGCUUGGAGACCUGUGGUUGCAAGAUUCAAUGACUCCAACAAAGAGAUUGUGGGGGCAUGGACUGGAUCCAUUGACAGAGAUACAAGUUUGAACUGGCCAGGAAGUUAUCAUGUGGACUCGCAAUCCUUGAAAUCACCAGAAGAGCUGCUAAAAAUCGACUUGGACCUCCGGUUAUAAUCUCCUUCCAUAAAUUAAAUGAAAUGUUCUGUAAUGCCUAUUUCAUGAGGUUUCUAGUGCACUUUUAACAAUCAAAAACUUUAUGUUUCGAUCA